UCUGUCUUUUCCUCACAGCUUUUGAUUGUGUUCAGGUAUAGCUGCAUGUAUAUAUGUAUCAUCCUAAUGAAGUGGCAUUUUAGCAAAUGAUACAUGACAUGUACAAUGGCCCAAUCACAAGCCCAGGACGUCAUUCGAUGUCAAUACUGCGAGGACGAGCCCGCUAUCUUCCACUGUGUUCCGUGUGGAGAUGAACUCUGUCCUCGAUGUAAAGACUUCCAUCUUAAAAGUAAAGUUCCUUCCGGACACAACAUCGUCCGUCUGUCUGAGAGACUUCACCCAACAAAUCAGAUCAAAAUGUGUGAAGUCCACUCAUAUAAAGCGUACGAAGCUUGUUGUGAAGAUUGCCAAGUCCCUGUCUGUAUUACGUGCAUUCAGGAGGUACACGGAAAGCACACCAUCGGGAAAUUACAAGAUUUAUACGAGAAGCAAAAGGCUGAAACCGAAAACGAAUUGUCUAGAAUGAAGGGACAAUAUAAGUCUGAGAUUAUUCAGAGAAUUAAAGAUUUUAAAGAGGGAGAAAGAGAAAUAACGACCAGUUAUGAGAGCGAACGAGAGAAAAUGAAGGUACAAGCCCAGAAUAUGAUAGAUCAUAUCAGUACCAUUUUUAAAGAAGCCUUGCAGCUAUCCGAGGAAGACGAGAGAAGAAAUCGUAACGAAAUAUCUCAACGUAUAGCAGAAGCUGAGGGAUUUGAGCAAAACUUGGAUCAACUGAUAGAGAAAUUUGAAACUUUCACAGAGUCAACUCAUCCCGCCGACCUUAUUUUGUUUCGAAAGCAAAAUCCUGACAUAUUUAAGCAAUUGAAACUUCCAGACAAACUUAAAAUUGUUAUGCCUUCCUUUACAGUUGGUCAGAUCAAAAAAUCUCAAAAUGAGCAUCAAUUUGGCAUGCUUUUGAUUGGUAACGUUAAGUCAUGCAAUGAAAGUUUACAACCUAUUGAGCGAAAUUGGUCUGUAAGCAAAAAUACUGGGCGUUCAGUAAAAAUUAGCGAAACAAAAACUAAAAAGGAAAAGUUAUUUCACGUGAGCUGCCUUAGUGACAGAUCAGCGUACAUCAGUGGUGAUGGGCCUGGAAUACAGCUGCUAGACAGGUCAGGGACAGAGCUGGAUAACAUCAGUACAGAUGGACAACCAUCUGGUCUGGCUGUGAUGCAGGACGGAAGUCUGAUUUACUCUGACUACGACAAUAAAUUGAUCUAUAAAGUGUCACUCAACAAAGAGAAAACAAAACUUAUUAGUACUAAGUCUGGUCCUAAAGGACUGUGUUGUACCAGGUCAGGUGAUAUCCUGGUCUGUAUGGGUUUGUUUAAUACAGCGAGAGUUGUCAAGUACAACAGUAGUGGGAGGAAGUCGCAGGAGUUCGAGACAGAUCAGAACGGGGAGAGUCUUUUUAUUGAUCCAUGGUUUAUUUGUGAGAAUGUCAACGAAGACAUUUGUGUUUCUGAUUGGAGGAAGAGUAAAGUGGUCGUAUUGAACAAGUCUGGAAAUCUUCGGUUUACGUAUGACUGGGUCGUCCUAGCUGGGAUAUUAAAAGACAGAUUUGAACCGCGUGGAGUGGCUGCUGACAUUCUUGGUCACAUCCUCAUCGCAGACGCCAACAAUGCUGUACACUUGAUCAGCCAGGACGGCGAAUUCCUGUCUUUAAUUCUGACAGAGGAUGAUGGGAUAUCACGACCACGAGGACUCUCUGUAGACAGAUCUGACAAUCUAUGGCUGGUAGAAGAAGACAACGUUUGUGUCAAAAUGUAUCAGUAUUUGUUUUAACUUUUUACCUUUGUUUUUUUUUCUAUAAAUAUUGUUAUGUUGUCCAUAUUUAUGCAAAUAUCAUAACAAUGUCUCAUGAUUAAAACAGUUAGUUUUUA